AUGUUGUCUCGCGGUUAUAUCGCGUUUAGGGGUCUCCUAUCGAGGACAGGUUGUUUAAAUAUUGAGCAGAAAAGAAAUGCUCAAGUAUCCAUUGUAGGGGCGGCUAAUGAAAUUGGUUCAAAUUUAGCAAUUCUUUUAAAACAGAACAAAUAUAUAACCCGACUAAAUUUAUACGAUGAUGAUGAGAAAGUAUUACGCGUCGGUGCUGAACUAAGUGAAAUUCCAAAAGGGCCUGUAGUUACAAGUUAUAAUGGGAAUAGUUUUCUACCUGCUUCAAUUCGCUUUUCACACCUUAUUAUAAUGGUAUCAAGAGUGCCAAGGAGACCUGGAUACACAAGAGAUCAAAUGCUCGAAGUAAAUGCACCACCUGUUCAGAAACUAUGUAGAACAAUGGCCGAUGUGAACCCAGAUGCAUUCUUAGCAAUUUCAACGAAUCCUAUAAAUUCAAUUAUACCCCUUGCAAGUUCUUUAUUAUUUAGAUACAGUGCUUACGAUGCUGCCAAAAUAUUUGGCAUUACUCACAUAGACACAUGUAGAGCUAGAGCCUAUGCUUCUAAAGCAUUAAACGUAAACCCGCGGCAUUUGCAUAUACCAGUGAUUGGAGGUCAUUCUGAUAAAACUAUAACACCACUAUUUUCGAAUAUAACUCCCUCACAUUAUAAAGUGGACCCAUGUCAAGCUGAUACUUUGACGAGACUUGUAAAAAAAGCCGGCAUGGAAGUUAUAAAUAAUAAACUCGGUAUAGAUUCAGCUACUCUAGCUAUGGCGUGGUCUAUUAAUGAGUUCGCCGAUAAUAUUCUUCAGGCAAUGUAUGGAGAUUAUGUUGUAGUAAAUAGCUAUACAUCAAACCCUCACUAUGGUACCAGAUUUUUCUCUGGCCCCACAAGAGUCGGCUGCUAUGGUAUCGUUGAAACGUGCAAUUCCAAUUUUAAUAUGACUGAGUAUGAAAAACAUAUACUGGGAAACGCUAUCACGGACAUAAACAAAGACGUUGCCCGGGGAGAAGAAUACGCUAGAGUAAUAGCAGAGGUUAAACACUAA